CACAGAUUACUUUUUUUACCAUGUCUUCAGAGUAUGAGACCUACUGCUACAGGAACAUAGAAGACAAUUAGUUCACUCGGUAGAAAUCAAAAUAGUUUAAAAAUCCUUAUUUCUACAUAAACAUCAUAAUCAUCACAGUAUGAGAAUAAUUUAAUAUUACAGUAUUACACUCAGAUUUCUAUAAUCCAGAAAUCUGCCAAUGCCAAAUAUUUUUACUUUGUGUUGUUGAUAGUUAUUUUGUUUGAUCAUGAGUAUCUGAUUACAUGUAAAAUAAUUGAUUGAUAAGGAAUGUAAUCAGCAAGUCUAUUAUUUUUCAUAUCAGAUAACAAACUUCUCAUUUUGUAACAAACCUAGCUGAAAAAUUAAUAAGUUUUCGAAAAUGUCUUUGAAUCCAGUAUAUUUACCAAAUGCAAUUCCUCUGCCAAUAGCUGAUGAAGAACUCAGGGAAAUCGUUGAUAAAUCUAAGGACUGGGCUGUAAUGCAUGGAGCAGCAAUGAGGAAUAAAAAUAGUUUUUGCAAAGAUGCAGUACAGAUUGCUCCUUUCAGUCUCAUACCAUCAUGUUUUCCCAGAAAAGAAUUCAAUAAAGCUGUUGCUUUACAGCCAAUUCUGAAUGAAUUAAUGCAUAGAGUUGCUCAUGAUCAGUUAUUUUUAACUGAAUGUUUGAGAGAAACUAUACAAGUUGAUGAAUUCACUGGCAACCUCUUUAAAAUAUUUGAAACGGUUCAGAACGAGGGAAUAACCCAGCCUAUCAGUUUGGCGCUUUUGCGAUCUGAUUUGAUGCUGGAGACCAUUCCCACAUUUAGUUGCUGUAAACAGGUGGAAAUCAAUUCAAUUGCAUCAGGUUUUGGUUGGUUGGGUCCAGUGUCAGCUGAAAUACAUAGGUUUGUUUUGCAUCAGCUUGGAUAUGGGGACCAGAUUGUAAACUUGCCAGAGAACAAUGCCCUUCAGGGCUUAUGUGGAGGUAUGAUCGAGGCGUGGAAAAUAUAUGGAAAUGAAAAUGCAGCAAUUCUAUUUGUUAUUGAAGAAGUAACAAUCAAUAUUUGUGAUCAAAGAUUUCAUGAAUUCGAAAUUUAUAGAAUGAGUCCCCAAACGAAAGUUGUGAGAAAGACAUUGACUGAAAUUGCUAACAAAGCUAAACUGGGACCAAACAAUGAAUUGAUUAUAGAUGGUAUCCAUAUGGCUGUUGUUUACUUCAGAUCAGGGUAUGAACCUGAAGCUUAUCCUUCUAAAAAAGAAUGGGAUGCUAGAUUAUUGAUUGAAAGAUCUCAAGCGAUAAAAUGCCCCUCAAUACAGUAUCAUUUAGCAGGAACCAAAAAGGUACAACAAGCUUUAGCUAGGAGUGGUGCAUUGGAUAUGUUUUUGACAGAAGCUAAGAAAAUAGAAGCAAUUAAGGAAAUAUUCACAGGUUUAUAUAGCUUGGACUUUGAUGAGUUUGGGGACCAAGCCGUCCAGAUGGCUUUGGAUGAACCAGAAAGAUUUGUUUUGAAACCUCAAAGAGAAGGAGGCGGAAAUAACAUUUAUGGUAUGGACGUGAAGAAAGCUAUGUUAGAAAUGAAAAAUAGUAAGGAAAGAACAGCUUGGAUUUUAAUGGAGAGAAUUCAUCCACCUGUAUCCAAGUCAUAUAUUAUUCGACCAGGAGAUAAAAAUUUACCAAUUCUGGAAGAUGUUAUAUCUGAAUUAGGCAUUUAUGGAGUUGUGAUUGGUGAUUCCCAAAAAAUUCUUGUUAACCGUCAAGUGGGACAUAUGCUUCGAACAAAAUUGAGUUCUGCAGAUGAAGGUGGGGUCGCAGCAGGAUUUGGUGCUCUAGAUAGUCCUUUUUUGAUAGAUCUUGACUGAUAAUGAAGAAGAAGAAUUCAAAUUAUUUGUUAUUUUUGUCUGCAAUAAAUAUUGUAUUUUGUAAACAUAUUUUAUAUACUCAUUGAAUAAAUUUGAAGUUUUAUUAUA